CGCAUCGGCCGUGGCAAACCCUCUCUUCCCAGUCCGCUCGUUCCGCCAGCUUUGACGGCCUCCUCCCCUCCGCUCCUCCUGCUCCUCCCAUCCCACUCACCAGCAGGGGCGGCGGCGGCGGCGGCGGCGGCGGCGGUUAGGGUAUCCCCACCUCGGUGAGCGGCGCCAGCGGCGGCGACAAGAUGUUCGGGCGAGCGCCGAAGAAGAGCGACAACACCAAGUACUACGAGAUCCUCGGGGUGCCCAAGACUGCCUCCCAGGAAGACCUCAAGAAGGCCUACCGCAAGGCCGCCAUCAAGAACCACCCCGACAAGGGCGGCGACCCCGAGAAGUUCAAGGAGCUUGCACAAGCUUAUGAGGUUUUGAGUGACCCAGAGAAGCGUGAGAUUUAUGAUCAGUAUGGUGAAGAUGCCCUUAAGGAAGGAAUGGGUGGAGGAGGAGCCCAUGUCGAUCCGUUUGACAUCUUCUCAUCAUUCUUUGGACCCUCUUUUGGAGGAGGUGGUGGCAGCAGCAGGGGAAGGAGGCAAAGGAGGGGAGAAGAUGUAGUCCAUCCACUUAAAGCUUCUCUAGAAGAUCUUUACAAUGGUACCUCGAAGAAGCUCUCCCUUUCGCGCAAUGUCAUCUGCUCCAAGUGCAAGGGCAAGGGCUCCAAGUCUGGUGCUUCAAUGAGGUGCCCAGGUUGCCAGGGUUCAGGCAUGAAAGUCACUAUACGCCAGCUGGGGCCUUCCAUGAUACAGCAAAUGCAGCAGCCUUGCAAUGAAUGCAAGGGGACUGGAGAGAGCAUCAACGAGAAGGAUCGCUGCCCAGGGUGCAAGGGCGAGAAGGUCAUUCAGGAGAAGAAGGUUCUGGAGGUUCAUGUUGAGAAGGGGAUGCAACAGAACCAGAAGAUCACCUUCCCUGGUGAAGCUGAUGAGGCGCCUGAUACUGUCACCGGAGACAUUGUAUUCGUCCUCCAGCAGAAGGAUCACUCCAAAUUCAAAAGAAAGGGCGAUGAUCUCUUUUAUGAGCACACCUUGUCUCUGACUGAAGCUCUCUGUGGGUUCCAAUUUGUUCUUACACAUCUGGACAACAGGCAGCUUCUCAUCAAGUCAAACCCUGGUGAAGUUGUUAAGCCUGAUCAAUUCAAGGCGAUAAACGAUGAAGGGAUGCCAAUUUACCAGAGGCCUUUCAUGAAGGGGAAGCUCUACAUUCAUUUCACGGUGGAGUUCCCUGACUCGCUGGCACCAGAACAAUGCAAGGCUCUUGAGGCAGUACUUCCGCCAAAGCCUACAUCCAAGCUGACCGAUAUGGAGCUAGAUGAAUGCGAGGAGACAACUAUGCAUGAUGUCAACAACAUCGAGGAAGAGAUGCGUAGGAAGCAAGCUCAUGCUGCCCAGGAAGCAUAUGAGGAGGAUGACGAGAUGCCUGGAGGAGCCCAAAGAGUGCAGUGUGCACAGCAGUAAGCAGAGUAUAUCAUCUUGGGACUUCUCAUUGCUGCACACGAGAAGAAACUCUUCAGGUUUGCAGUAAAUUUUUUGGACCCAGUGGAUCUCUCUGGUUUUGUUGUCGCAAGUUACCAAAUAGCGAAGCUGAUUCUACCCCAUAAGCAGGGACUGUAUCCUUUUUGUUGCAACUGAAAAAUGCUAUCCAGGAAUAGCUGAUUACUUUAACUAUGUUGUGAGACUUCGUUAGAGUGCUUUCUAUAAAGUCAACUUGAUAUUCGUUGAAUGCUACAA